AUGGCGUCGCAAGAUCCCAAUCCUCAAGGUGGCUCAAUCACGGACAUGGCCGUUGAUGGCACCAAAGUUCCUGACGAUGCAGGAGCCCAAUACACCAUACCCUCUGUUCCUCGACCAGAUCAAAUUACAGACCCAUCCGACGAUCCCAGCGACCUUGGUGCUACUGAUCUGGCUGGUGCAGCAGAUAACGCCCAAGAUGUUAGCAGGACCACACGCGAUACCGCUCCUAACCCCGAAACUAUUACCGGCACAGGCGAUGCUCUGCCUCCGGAGAUCGGCUCAAAGCGUCUUCACAACGACGUGAAUCAAAAUCUCAGUAAAGGCCAUCAGCGAUACGACAAGCAUGUGAAACAAAAGGGCAGUGAUCAAGAGAAAGGGGCCAGUGAGGGGGCCACGGAAGAUGAGGUCGUGGAUGGAGUUGUUGGGGGGCGUUGA